CAAGGCAGGCGCUUAUGCCGUUGAGCUAAAUCCCCAGCCCCUUAUUUACUUUUUUUUUGGUACUGAGGAAAGAACUCAGGACCUUGCGCUUACCAGGCAAGCACUUGAGGUGCUGAGUUGAAUCCCUGACCCUCUCCCUUUAUUUUUUAAAUAUUUAUUUAUUUUAAAAUUUGAGACAUGACCUAGGUUAUCCAUGCAGGCCUCAACUUGGCCAUCCUCCUGUCUCAGUCUCUUCUGUAACUGGGAUUACAGGUGUGUGCCCUUUGUCUGGCCGGGGUCUCCUUUUAUGUUGCAGCUGCCACUUGAGGUAUUUCUGCUCCAGGCCAAACUUGAGGUGGCUGUUCUGGGUAAAGUCCGAGGCCUGGAACGGUUUCCUAAAGUGGACCCUAUAUUGGUGGAGCUCGUGGCUGAGUCACCAGGACACCCUCAUCGUCCCCGACUGUCUACCACUUGCUAUGCCUGAGGAGACCCAAGAAGACACUGUGACACCAACACAGAGCCAGAAAACCAGGGGGCUCCUGGCUCCUAGCCAUGUGCCCGAGGUGCAGCUACACCGAGUGGAAUCCAUCAGCGACCUACACGGUGAAGGCUUGACACACCCGUAUCUGGCUGAGGAGGCCCGGCCAUGGGAUGAGUUGCUGGGUGUCUUGCCACCGUCACUGUGUGCCCAGGCUGGCUGUAGUACAGCAUUUGGUCGUGGCGGGUUCCUGCUGCUGCUGGUACUGCUAGUGCUCACCUGCCUGGCACUUGCCAUCCUGGCUGUCUACUUGAGCGGUAGGGACAGGCAAGUACUGCAGAGUGAAUCCCUGCGGGUCCUGGCACAUACGCUGCGCACCCAGGAGGAGAUGCUGCUCAAGCUCCGACUCGCCAGCCUCAGCCAACUGCGGAGGCUCAACUCCAGUGAAGCCCGGGCGCCCAGCUGAAACUCUACCUGGACCAGGGCAUAAAGGGUGUGGGGGGAAUAGAGGCUGUUGGCAGAUCUCUCCUCCCAUUGCUGGUCUAUGCCACUUUCUUGUUGAGAUUUUUGGAGGAGACUGAUAUGACUUCACAGUUACCUACCUCUCCUGAUCUCUUCAGCCAGGCCUAGCCAAGCCUUCUGGCACCAGAUAGGCCCUUCUGGGCUGGCCUACGGUCAAAGGAUGGGGUACCAGUCUCCUGGCUUCUCCUGUGGCCUGUCAGCAUACUCUGGGCAUCCCAACAUAGCAGGGUAAGAAGUCUAGAAAUAGCUGCCUCACUGCAGCCACCUACUCUCCCAGGCCUCCUAGCAGGAAUCCAACCUUAGGUCUCAAGAGACAGGCUGGACUCCAAGUUGGGGAGACCUCACCCUACCCCAGGGCACACUGCCUUCAAGGGCACAACUGAGAUCCCACUGGACCCAAGUCUGAAGUCCUGGAUGGAAGGGAGUUUGGGCAGAAAUACUCAAGAGUCAGGACCACAGAAGCAGAACAUUAUAUUCUAUUUAAUUAUCACAUAAUCUUUAAAAACACAAAAAUCCUUUCCAGGUAGCUUUGCCUCCCCACUUGCCAUAGUGGCAUCAGUACAGAUGCCAAUACCUCAAAGAACUGGGUCAUUCCAAAGCAUUAAGGCCUAAAAAAGGAAAGGGACGGCUCCCUACUGUCUGCCCCACGUCCCUGAGACAGGCACUCUCUUGGCCCUGCCUUCGAUAGGGCAGGAAUAAGCCUCAAGGCUGAGUACAGGGCAAAAAAGGGCAGGGUUCCCUACCCCUACUCACCCAACCUGUCUGGUUUUGUUUUUUUCUUAAAAAAAUAAAGUGACAAUCACUGGCA